UGUACCUUUUUGAUUUGUAACUAUUCUAAAAUAAAACACGUUAUUAGACAGUGCCACCCCUAUUGUAAAGUAGACUGAUCCUGUGACCUGCAACAACACAGACCAUGUGGGCAGCGCAGAGUUCUUCCAAGUUUGGCGAAAAGACUUCAAGAUAGAGGAUGCGAUAACACAUAUCAUGGACCAGGACAGGUGUGUAUCUGAGGACAGGUGUGUAUCGGAGGACAGGUGUGUUUGGGAGGACAGGUGUGUUUCGGAGGACAGGUGUGCCUUGCUGCGGCAGGUGUGGGCCAUGCUGCUGGACCCAGACAAGUCCGUACAAGACGACACGUCCCUGCAGAAGCUGGUCUCCUGGCUCGAGCGGAUUUCAGCGGACUCAGACACUCUGCUGUCCCCGCUGUCUGGAACUUUGCUGUUCCUCCAGGAGCUCACGAAUCUGCAGGCUUCCAACGAGGUGCUAGCUUUUGGACUGAGAGUCGCUGGAUGUCUGGCAAGCACCCAGCCUGGGUUCUGUGCCUUACGUGGGUUUCCAGCCACCCUGCCUGGGUUAUGUGCCUUACGUGGGCCGCCCGACCUCCUGCGUGGGUUGUUUAUUGCCGUCGCCGCCGGCGACAGGUUUGCAGUGGCCAACAUCAGGAACAGCUGGCUGCAGGGUCUGCACUCCAUCACCAGGCACACACACGGGCUCACCUGGCUCCUCACAUCAGGUGGGUACAUUUCCUCACCUGGCUGCUUACCUCAGGUGCUCUGCCCCAGGUGCUGA